UCUUCCAAAGUUUCAAAAACUUACUACUAUACAAAAAAAAAAUCCUUAUAUUUUGAUUUUUGAUUCCAUAUAAACAUGACAACCAUGAAAAGAAGCAGAGAAGAUAAUGGACAAGUGGAAGCAGAAGCCAUGGCUAAUUGCGCCUUAAUGCUUUUGUCGCGUUUAAACAAUAACAACAACAAUAACAAUGAUUUUGCAUGCAAGACUUGUAAUAAACGAUUUCCAUCUUUCCAAGCCCUUGGUGGACAUCGUACAAGUCAUAAUAAAAAGCCAAAAUUACUCGGAGAAUUUCUUGUUCAAACCAACAAAAAGAAUAAGAUGCAUAAAUGCUCUAUAUGUGGUACGGAGUUUUCAUUGGGUCAAGCAUUAGGCGGACAUAUGAGACGUCACCAUGAUGAAAUUAAUAAAAUUACGUCUCAUGAAAAGACGAUGAUUCCGAUUUUGAAGAAGUCGAAUAGCAGCAAGAGGAUUAAUAUUUUCGGGGUUAACUUUAACAUAAAACCUGAUGAUGAUAAUGUUGAUGAUUUGAAGUUAUGGCCGAUGGAAGAGGCUCCAUCGCCCGUCUUGCGAAUAUUUAUUUAAGUCAGCUUGUAAUUCAUUUUGAUUAGGAUUAGGCGAAUAAUUAGCUAUUUAUGGAAUUAUUUCCAUUCAUUUUGUUGUAUAUAAUCCUUAAUUAGUAAUUAUUCACUGAUUAUUUUGUA